GUUCGACUUUGCUUCAACAGUGUUAACUACACUAUUUAAAUUCAAUUUAUUUCCAAUGGGAAUAAUUGAACAAAAAUGUUAAAACAGUGCAUUAAAAUUUUAUGUUUACUCAUUAUAGCGUGGGUAGUGACGCUAUUUACUAUUUACAAGGAGUAUAAAACAGGCAAAAAAAUACUGAGUGAUGAACAGUUGUAUGAAAAUAGCUUAAAAAAAUUUAAAUCAAUUAAUCUUAUGGCGCCAUUUCAGCUAAUGGGUUGGGAAUCCGUUGGUGCUAGCAGUCCCCAUUUAACUUACAGAGAUCGUAUUACUGCUAUAAAGAAUAAGGAGUUUCCACUUGGUAAGUUUGGAAAACCAGUAUUUAUGGCUAAUUCCAUCAAAGGUACUUUGAGAUUGAUCAUAAAAAAAGGCUGGGAAGAAAAUGCUUUCAAUCAAUUUGUUAGUGAUUUGAUACCUAUAGACCGUCCUUUGCUGGAUUUGCGGGAUAAAUGGUAG